AUGACGAGAGCGCAGGCACCGCCCACCGCCGUCGCGGCAUGCACCGCGCCGCGGGCUCCGCCUCCGCGGGACUACAGAGCUGCGACAGCGCGCGAGGCCCUCGGUCGGACGCUCGGGAUUCGGGGACGGCCUCGGCACGCGGGAAGUCGCCCUACAGGCGCGGGAGAAAGCGCAGGCGGCGGCUUGGCAGGGAGAGGCAGGCUGCAGUGCGGAUUGGGUCAGGCACACGCGAGGGCAGCCCCCGAGGGCCGUCCCAGAGGCCCCCGCGCCGCCGGGGUCCUAACGGGGUGCACCGUCUUCCGCCACACGUGGAUUCAGCGCCAUGCCCAAAUCCAAGCGCGACAAGAAAGUCUCGUUAACCAAAACUGCCAAGAAAGGCUUGGAAUUGAAACAAAACCUGAUAGAAGAGCUUCGGAAAUGCGUGGACACCUACAAGUACCUUUUCAUCUUCUCUGUGGCCAACAUGAGGAACAGUAAGCUGAAGGACAUCCGGAACGCCUGGAAGCACAGCCGGAUGUUCUUUGGCAAAAACAAGGUGAUGAUGGUGGCCUUGGGUCGGAGCCCAUCUGAUGAAUACAAAGACAACCUGCACCAGGUCAGCAAAAGGUUGAGGGGUGAAGUGGGUCUCCUGUUCACCAACCGCACAAAGGAGGAGGUGAAUGAGUGGUUCACGAAAUACACAGAAAUGGACUACGCCCGAGCUGGUAACACAGCAGCUUUCCCUGUGAGCCUGGAUCCAGGGCCCCUGGAGCAGUUCCCCCACUCCAUGGAGCCACAGCUCAGGCAGCUGGGCCUGCCCACCGCCCUCAAGAGAGGUGUGGUGACUCUGCUGUCUGACUACGAGGUAUGCAAGGAGGGCGAUGUGCUGACCCCAGAGCAGGCUCGCAUCCUGAAGCUUUUUGGGUAUGAGAUGGCUGAAUUCAAGGUGACCGUCAAAUACAUGUGGGAUUCACAGUCGGGAAGUUUCCAGCAGAUGGGAGACGACUUCCCAGAGAGCGCAUCCGAGUCCGCAGAAGAGUCCGACUCAGAAGACGAUGACUGAAAGGGACUCAGGACUGAAGGUCUCCUGGAACCUUCUGGGUCUCACUGGACCAUCAGGACUGCUGCCGCCCCUCUGGGGAGAGCAGCUUUUUAUUUGUCUGUAGACAGGGAAUGUGAUGGGCACUGACCUCCUGUAAAGAAUAAAACUCUGGGCUGGGCACAGUGG